AUGGGCAAGAAAAACAAAAAGGAGAGUAAAGGCAAGGGGAAAGAGAAAACGGAGAUAAAGGCGGAGAAAAAGGCAGAGAAGCGAUCGAAGAAAGAUCUGGCUGAGAAAGGGGAGGAAGACAUUGAAAAGUUGAUAGCAGAAUUCCAAGAACAAGAUCGAAGAAAGGGACAAGUGGUUGAGGAGAAAUGUCCCCCACCAUCACCAAGGUGCAAUGCAUCUUUAGUUGCUCAUCCAGAGAGGGACGAGUUACUGAUGUUUGGUGGAGAAUAUUUUACAGGGAAUAAGAUGUUUGUAUAUAACGAUCUAUAUGCCUACCAGAUCAAGAAGAAUGAAUGGCUGCGAGUUUCCGUGCCAAACGGCCCACCUCCCCGCAGUGCUCAUCAGGCUGUGACCGUGGCUCACCAAGGUGGACAGAUGUGGAUUUUUGGUGGGGAGUUUUCCAGCCACACACAGAGCCAGUUCUACCACUACAAGGACCUGUGGGUGCUGCACCUUCGCGACAAGAAAUGGGAACAAAUCAAGGCACCAGGUGGCCCCACAGCUCGCAGUGGACAUCGGAUGGUUGCAGUCAAGAAACAGCUUUUUGUGUUUGGUGGUUUUCAUGACAACAACAGGGACUACAAGUACUUCAAUGACAUCUACAGUUUUGAUCUGGAGACCUACACAUGGACACUGCUGGCUCCAUCAGGCACUGGCCCCUCACCCAGGUCCGGCUGUGUGUUUGUACCGAUGCCAGAUGCCAACAAGAUUGUUGUCUAUGGUGGCUACAGCAAGGAGAGGUUAAAGAAGGACGUGGACAAAGGCAGCACACAUACAGACAUGUUUGUGCUCACGCAGGAAAAGAAGAGGGAGGGCACUUCUGACAGCGCCCCCAAGUGGAAGUGGCAGCCUGUCAAACAGACUGGAGGACGACCAUCUCCAAGGUCAGGAAUGUCGGUUGCUUUUGUGUCCGGCAACAAAGCCUUGUUGUUUGGUGGAGUUUAUGAUGAGGAAGAAGAUGAAGAAGAAUUGGAAUCAGUUUUCUACAAUGAGUUGUGGUCCCUGGAUCUGGAUAAAGGCAAGUGGUUCCCAGUUCAACUCAGGGGGAAGAGGUCUGCAGUCGCUGAGAGGAGGAAAAGACGAAAACUGAAACUAGAUAAUGAAGGGAAUGAAAAUGUAGCAGAUGACGGCAAAAAGUGUGAAGAAGGUGACGAUGAAAUGGAUGUGUUACAAGAAGCGGUAGAGAAUGUUCUAGAAAUAGAAGCAGCUGCUGAGGCUGAUGGUAUUUUUAAAGUGACCGUUGCCCAGCCAACAGUGACAGCUGGUAGUGGGUCUGUGGAUGCUGAGGAAAGCACCAUGGAUGUGGAUCAGUUCUGGCCAUCCAGGCGUAUGAACACAGCAUUGGCAGUGCGGGACGGCGUGAUGUACAUGUACGGGGGGAUCUACGAAGAGGGAGACAAACAGAUAACACUCAAUGAUUUCUAUUCCAUCGACGCUAACAAGCUUGAUGAGUGGUCAGUGCUUAUAGCAGAAGAUCGCAAGCUUCAGGUCUGGCAGGACUCUGAUGAUGAUGAUGAUGACGCUAAGGCAGACAACAAAACAAAAACAGAGGCAGCUGCUGCCGUGCAGGUGGAUGAGGACGAUGAGGAAACAGAUUCUGACGAGAGUAUGGAGAUAACAUUUGAUGAUGCUCCAGAUCGACGAGACGGCGAAGGAAUCCUGGACUACUUUGACAGGAGUCAGGAUUAUUGGAAGCAGAAAGCCAAAGAGAUAUAUGAGGAAGAUGGAGAGGAGAUCAGUGAGCGGCGGCUGCUGCGGUUUGCCAAGGAAAUCUGUGAAGAGGCUUGUGGGAGAUAA